AUGAAGCCUCUGUCACAACUCUCAAAACCCAACUUCCUUCAUCUUCGACUCUUUGAUCAGAGCUUUCACAUCUAUAGCAGAAUUCGUCAUUCCGCUGGUUAUCUGGCCUCUGAUGACUACACUUUCAUGUUCUUGGUUCGCACCUCUGCUCAGCUAUUGGCGCAUGGGACUGGUUCGUCUGCACAUGGUGCCGUUGUGAAAUAUGGAUUUGAGCAUGAGCCGCAUGUUCAAAGUGGCCUGAUUUACAUAAACGCAGGAUUGGAUAUCAUUGCUCUUGAUGAGUCUCUUGCUGCUGCUGGUGGGAAGUUCAUCUUCGUGCAAAAGCUUCGUGACUUUGUUUCUGUUACAUGUGACGUUUUGCAGCAUAUGGCUUUUCUUUUUAUUGAAGGACUUGCUAGAGCUAGUGACUCUGUAUCAGCAUGCCGCACACUAAUAAGCUUGCUUGAAGAUUAA